GCUCACACACGCAGUGCAGGAGAGUUGCACAGCGAACACAGAGGAAACUGGUAUUUUUUGAAUGGCUGACAAACACACAUCAGGAGACGGCUGGAACGACAAAACUGUAUCUCUACUGGAACACAAGAUUUGUACAAUUACAAAAUCUAUGGAAGAUGAUCCCGUAAACACAAACCUGUGGCCGAGAGCUUUGGCACGAAGAUGGACGCUGGUGCUGUUUGUCGGCACCUGCCUCCUCUACUGUGCCAGGAUGGCCAUGCCGAUCUGUGCCGUGUCGAUGGCCGCCACUUUCAACUGGAGCAAGAUCGAAUCUGGGCUGGUCCUGGGUGGUUUCUUCUGGGGCUACUGUACCACACAGAUCCUGGGGGGACAUGCCAGUGACAAAGUGGGAGGAGAGCGCAUCCUCUUCAUCUCUACAGGCCUGUGGGCUCUGGUCACUGGUGCUACUCCUCUUCUGGCCCAGCUCGGCAUUCACACCCUCGCUCUCAUGACCCUGGGCAGAUUCCUCCUGGGUCUUCUUCAGGGUGUGUUCUUUCCGUCUCUGGCCAGCAUUUGCUCUCAGCGUUUCGUGGAAGCAGAGCGAGCCUUUCUAAUGAGCACUAUGCACAGCGGUACUUACCUUGGAACACUAAUGGCAGGUGGAAUGGGAUCUAUCAUGCUGGACAAGUAUGGCUGGCAAAGCAUGUUCUUCUUUACUGGCUUCCUGUCUUCACUGUGGGCACUCCUUGUUUGGCAGUAUUUUUUAAAAGAUGAAGUUAUCCCCAAGCAACUGAACACUCACUAUAGACCGAGACCUCACUCGCAAUGGAACACGUCCCGCUUGCUGCAUCUGCUUAAGAAGCCUCCAGUCUGGUCCAUGGUCUUCGCUCACAUGUGCAUAGCUAGCACUUCCAACACGUUAUUGUCAUGGCUGCCAAUGUACUUCAAGGAAACAUUCCCAGAUGCCCCAGACUGGGCGUAUAAUGUAAUUCCGUGGCUUGUUGCAAUUCCCUCAUCUUUUAGUGGGGGAUAUAUUUCAGAUUUUCUCAUCAAUCAUGGUUAUAGUAUAUCAUCUGUGAGAAAGAUAAUGCAGCUCUUAGCCAUGGGCGGAUCGAGUAUGUUUAUUAUGAUCCUGAUGGGAGGAGCGUUUACAUCAUUCCCCACUGCAGUGAUGUUUGUCUCUGCAGCUGUGGGUCUAUCAACCUUCACCAGCUGCGGUGUGUCUGUGAACGUACAGGACCUCGCUCCAUCAUGUGCUGGUGCUCUCUUCGGCUUUAUGAAUAUGAUGGGUGCCUUUAUGGGGGUGGUGCUGGUCUCCUUGACGGGUUACCUGAUUGAGGUCACCCUGACGUGGGCCUCCGUGUUCUCCCUCAUCAGUUUGGUGAACACCACAGGUCUUGUGGUCUUCCUCCUAUUUGGAGAUGCUCAACGUGUUGACCUGGAAACUUACGGCCAGAUUUCCUUGAUUUGACCCAAACCCUGUGCUGCAAACAAUCAUUUGUAGCCGGGCUGCUGUGAUUAUCAGGAACCUCUGGAGAGUUGGGAAUGGGAAAAAUAUUUUUCUGCUGCUCAAAACAAGAAGGAAACAGCUAUUCACAAUGAAGGAACUUGAAUAUGGAGGAACUUGAAUAUUCUGGAUCAUUGAAUGUAGCAAUUUGACAUCCAUAUAAAAAUGAUUACAUCGAGGGCUUUCUGUAAAUUCUGAGCUGAAGGGAUAUUAAUUUGUUGAUUGUGUUAACUUUGUCUAUUUUCACUUUGUAUGAUAAAGGUACAGUGUGUAGAAUUUAGUGACAUCUAGUGGUUGAUUUGCAUGGUGCAGCUGAACACCCCUCCCCUCACCCUCCCCUUCCAAACAUGAGUGAGACCCUGUGGAAACCUGUCAAUAUGAAGGGCUCAUUCUGGGGUAAAGAAAACAACAAUUCACACAAUUUUGAUGAAACAAACUAGUGAAAACAUCAUGAGGAUUAUUUUAUAUCAAUUUCUGCCAAUAGAUCCUUUCACCUAAAUCUUACACACUGGACCUUUAAACAUCUUGUCUCUGGUAUAUGUUUACUCCACUCAAGCCAAGAACUUGCCCAGUUGCUUUGUUGUUGUCUUGAUAUUGUUGAUUCCAGACUCAACAAGGACGGACAACAUGACAGUCAAGACAAAUCAUCUUUAUCGCCCCCUGGUGGCUGGCUACAGUCAUAUACCCUGUCCCCUCCAUAUUUUUUGAUGGGAUGUGGUCCACAAAGUCUCAAACAUAAAGGACAUUAUGCUCAAGUGGCCCACUGUGUCAAUGGCCGCUAGAACAGGGGGAAAGUGGAGAUGCAUUGUGCAUCUUUAUUUAGAAUCUAUCCCCCUACAGUUAUGUGAGCAGCCCAGAAGUAAACCUGUAACCAGACUUUCCAAGGAGGACUUGUACACUAUCACAGCUUCUACACAGAAAUGAUGUGGGCGCUCUACAGACUUUUGAAAUUGAAUCACAUUCACAGAGGGACGCUGGAGGGAAGAGCCAUGUUAACUUUGAAUGUUUGAUGAUGUUGUGUUUUUAUCUCUAAUGUAUUUUUCUUAGAAAUUCUGUGUGAAGUGUCUUAGAGUUUUUUGAAAUUUAAAUAAAAUGUGUUAUUAUUGUUA